AUGUUUCAACCUACACCCAAGAGGUGUUUUACUAUAGAGUCUUUAGUGGCGAAGGAUAAUCCUAUACCUUCGUCCCGCACCGAGGAGCCCAUCAGGCCAGCGGCUCUCAGCUAUGCAAACUCCGGCCAGAUGAACCCCUUUCUGAACGGCUUUCACUCCGGCGGCAGGGGCGUCUACUCUAACCCGGACUUGGUGUUCGCCGAGGCGGUGUCUCAUCAGCCUAACUCCGUCCCGGUGCAUUCGGUGGCCCCGCCGCACGCUCUGGCUGCUCACCCGCUUUCAUCCCCACACAGUCCGCACCCUCUUUUCGCCAGCCAGCAAAGGGACCCCUCAACUUUCUACCCCUGGUUAUUACACAGAUAUAGGUACUUGGGUCACAGAUUUCAAGGUAAUGAAACGAGUCCAGAGAGCUUCCUUUUGCACAACGCGCUGGCCAGAAAGCCCAAAAGAAUCCGGACAGCUUUUUCACCCUCGCAACUCCUGCGGCUCGAACACGCGUUUGAGAAAAACCAUUACGUGGUGGGAGCAGAAAGAAAGCAGCUCGCCCACAGCCUUAGCCUCACAGAAACUCAGGUAAAAGUGUGGUUUCAGAACCGGAGGACGAAGUUCAAACGACAGAAGUUGGAGGAGGAGGGCUCGGAGUCCAAUCAGAAGAAGAAGGGAUCGCAUCACAUAAACCGGUGGAGACUGGCGACCAAACAGUCGAGCCCAGAGGAAAUUGAUGUCACUUCGGACGAUUAAAAAAAAAGAAAAGGCUAUAUAAGAGUCUGAGUGAAGGAGGACAUGGAUAAAGGAUGC